AGCUUACUUCCUCUUUAACGUGACAUCACUGGCUCCCCGCUACGUGUUGCAUCACCAAAUCACGUGACCUUGUCAGGGGAACUGCAUUACUGCAUUCAAGGGGCGGACUGACAACUCUUGGGGCCCCCGGGCAAUAGGGAAUCAUGGGGCCCCUGUGUCCUUUGCCCAAACUCAAAAAAGCAUAUGAAAAAGGUACCAGGGGCAUCUCAUGGGGCCCCCUACUGACCCCGGGCCCUCGGACAGUGCCCGAGUUUCCAAAUGGUCAGUCCGCCCCU